ACGAGCGAGGGAAUCCGAUAGCAAGGGAAAGGCUGUGGACGCUCAUUACGCUUAUGAUUCCCAGCGCGAGACACUUCCAGCGGGACACCGACCGGCAGUUUAAGCGGGAAAGGCAGUGCGUCUGUAAUCUUGUUAGCGGCAGAGGGCGCAGCGGCUGCCGGGCUCAUACUUCAGUGUGUAGACCGAGUGCGGGGGCGGUAUACUACGGCCUGUCCUCGGCGCAUGCUAACACGAGGCCAGCCUUCUCCGGGGUCAGAGUCUGCUGUGACCUCAGCACUAGGAGAAGGAGAGAAAAUAAAGCAUGCCAUUCCGGCGGCGGGAGUGCAGCGGUGGCGGAUCUGAAACGGUGCGAGCGACGAGUGCGGUGUUGUGGUCUUUGAUCAGAUGCGUGCUUUUAACGUCUUAAAUAUUUGUGUCUCCUUUUACAUUGCGAGGUUCGAUGUGGACACCUCGCUUUGCAUUGUCAAGAUCAAAAGCGAACCUUCGAGACGUUUUGCCUCCGGAUGUGAUAUUUAACCUGACUGAGCUGUUUGAAAUCGUAGAAACGUCUUUCGUUUUAUCGUUUGUAGUAUUUUGGUUGUGACCGUUGCUCUGGGUUUUCCGUUUUCUUUAAGAUAACCUUAUUCUAUACACGAUAAUCAAGAUUGGUAAAUAGUGUCUGAUAAAAGUAUUUUACAAGUUAACGUGUGUAUAAAACGAGACCAGAGUAACUCCAAGUCACCAGUCCACUAAUAUAUAACAAAUUUUCAAUCAUAUCUUAAUUUACUCAAAAUUUGGAGGAAGACGAAAGAAAAAUCUCGACAGUGGAUGCAUGCGGGACGGGAACUCGGCAACAACACGCCCCGCUGCCUCGAACAGGAACUGAUCUAUUAAAUCCAAACUAAAUUCCCCGUAGUGAUGACCGGCACGGAGGGGGCGGGGGGGACAGAAGUGAUGGCCCCACACACGCAGGAGGGAGAAGAGUCACCCAGCGGCAAAACGGGUGAUGAACAGGUAGUGAAAUCCUCUGCUGUCGCCAGUGCAAAGUGUGAUGAUGCUGUUGUGGGUGUGCUGAUCCAGGAGGUCGAUGAGGGCCAACCAUGCCUCAUGUGCCGAGACAAGUGCCCCGGGUACACUGCCCACGUCUGGAGGUCAACGUGCGGGAGCGGCUGGGGCUCGGCGAUUCCCUAGGACGCAGCAGCCGGGAGUUGUGCCUGCAGGAGGGCUACACGUGGGUGCCACCUGGCCUCACCAGCGAGCAGAUCUAUGACUACAUGAGCUGCCUGCCGGGCCACAAGGUUCCUCGGCUCGGCACUCCCGGAGAGAAGUCGCGAGAGAGGCAGUUGAUGCUGCAGUUGCCCAAGCAGGACCUGGCGCUGGACUACACGCGCCACGUUGAGCCACAGUUCCAUACGUCCUUCAAGGAUUUUGUGGCCGCCAGGAACGAUAUUGCCCUGGAUAUCGGCAUUAUUAAGCCCCACAUUCCACAUGAUAUUGAGUGCCGAGGCUGCGGGGGCGUGGUGAGCAAGGGCAGCGUCGGUGUGGUGGCACCCCGGUUCGGCGAGGACGCGGCGUGGCAUCCGGCGUGCUUCGUGUGCGGCACUUGCAACGAACUGCUCGUGGACCUCGUGUACUGCGUGUGGGAGGACACCGUCCACUGCGCGCGCCACUACGCCGAGAAGCUCAAGCCGCGUUGUUCCGCUUGUGACGAGCUCAUUUUCAGCGGGGAGUACACCAAAGCCAUGUCCAAGGACUGGCAUUCGGGCCACUUCUGCUGCUGGCAGUGCGACGAGUCCCUCACUGGGCAGCGCUACGUCCUGAAGGAUGACCAUCCCUACUGCAUCAAGUGCUACGAGGCCGUCUUCGCGAACACCUGCGAGGACUGCAACACCACGAUCGGCAUCGACUCCAAGGAUUUGUCGUACAAGGACAAGCACUGGCAUGAGAAAUGUUUCCUGUGCAACAAGUGCCAGGUGUCCCUCGUGGACAAACAAUUUGGAUCCAAGAUGGACAAGAUAUUCUGCGGCCCGUGCUAUGACUCCCAAUUCGCCACGCGCUGUGACGGCUGCGGAGAGAUCUUCAGGGCAGGCAACAAGAAGAUGGAAUACAAGGCCCGGCAGUGGCACGAGAAAUGCUUCUGCUGCUGCGUGUGCAAGACGCCCAUCGGAACCAAAAGCUUCAUCCCGAGGGACCAGGAGAUCUACUGCGCCGCCUGCUACGAGGACAAGUUCGCUACACGAUGCGUCAAGUGCAACAAGAUCAUCACCUCUGGCGGUGUGACCUACAAGAACGAGCCCUGGCAUCGGGAGUGCUUCACCUGCACCAACUGCAGCACCUCCCUCGCCGGCCAGCGCUUCACCUCCAGGGAUGACAAGCCCUACUGCGCAGACUGCUUCGGGGAGCUCUUCGCCAAGCGAUGCACCGCCUGCACCAAGCCCAUCACAGGCAUUGGUGGCACCCGCUUCAUCUCCUUCGAGGACAGGCACUGGCACAACGACUGCUUCAUCUGUGCCGUGUGCAAAGGCUCCCUGGUGGGCAAGGGCUUCAUCACAGACGGCGCCGACAUCCUGUGUCCGGAGUGCGCCAAGCAGAAGCUGAUGUAGACGACCUCCUCCUCCAGUGCCGCCGUCGCCCCGGAACAACUCUCCCUUCGACACCAUUAUUUCCAUACGACACAACCGUCUCUCGUGUUUACUAUUGUUUUUUUUUUUUUUCUGGAAAUGAGGAUCGAUUUUUUUUUUUAAGAAUAAUUUUGUGGGUUCACUGGUUUGUAAUAUUUACUUUGUUUACGAUGUUGGCUCGGGCGACGCUGAAAUCAAGUGCCUAAAUUUUUCAUUCAUGUUGCCUGAGACUCGAAACAUCACUUGUGAAUCAAAAGUACACUAAAAUAGUAAUAAAAAGACUAAUUACAGAUGGGGGAAAAAUUUUGGUGAUGUUUCACACUUCUAAUGUGCAUGCCUUCGAACUAUGGGCUUUUCCCCUCUUCUCUAUAUAGUAUUCUUAGGAGAGAUAAGCUUAAAAAAAAGCUUAAAGAUAUCCGAAUCGUCCUAUAUCAAUGUUGUUUUUAUAUAUCAUGACAUUAUCAAGGUAACUAGAUAGAAAACUGUUUGGUUUCCUUCUCAUUAGAUUCAUGCAGUAUAAGACGUAUGUUUUGGUGAAGUGAAAUUCUAGGACAGCAAAGUUUAUACAGUAUACUUGGAGUCCAUGGAAUACGAGUGAUCCCUCAAAAACAACGUUUUAUAAGAGCUUUUCCUAGGCACAUGGAUGUAUGAUCCAAUGUACAGUGUAAAGUAUAAAGCAAAAAAAGAAUUAAAUUCCAGUGUUUCAUCCUGUUGUCAGUUUUGGAACAAUGUUAAAACCAAACAAGCAACUCACACGAAAAAUAAUCAGGAAGGAGGCAAAGAAAUAUCAAUACUGUGGAUUUAUUAAUAAGCAGGAAGUAACCAUGUUGCCUUAAAUACUGCUGGAAUUCCCUGGAAUGGUUGUCACUGCCAUUAUUUCGACUUUGUUUAACACUGAUUAUUUUUUUUCUAUCUCUAACAAUAGCUCUGUGAAUGCAUAAACAAAACAUUGAUUAUUUAUUUCACGAGGGUGUUCAAAAAAAGAAAAAAAUCUUCACGUAAAACAGAGAAAAAUGAAUCAAUAGAUUGAGUGAAAUCGGUGGCAUUCGUUCACAUCCACCCUCUGUGAGUUCCGUCAUUUUGAAAGCCACAAUUCAAGAUGGUGCUCGAGCUCGUAUGCACAAUUAUUUAUAUAUAAAUAAAUAUAUAUAUUAUUAAAGACGUGGGCCGACAGAGACCCACACUCGUCACAAAAACCCAUAUAUAGAUACCCACUGUGUGCAGAAACCCCAGCGCUGAUUUUGCAAUACGUUAGGCAACCCGUGUUUUCUUCUGUAUGGAAAUCAGAACUUUGGGACAUAUUCCUAGCCUAUCUAUACAGGGUGUAAAAAAAAAAAAGAUAAAUGGGUUUAUUUUUCUUCCAAUUCAUUGUACUUUACUUUUUUGUAUUUUUUGUUGCUUUUAAUUUUUCUUAUGAUGAAUCAUGACCUAACUUGGGCUGGACUGUAGAUUUGUAGAGAAGUGACCUUAUGUUGGCCGUGUUCUAAUCCUUGACUAGAGAGUGCCAUACCUAAGGAGGUGGAGUGGCAAGGAUUCGAACACAAUGCUGCCUUAAUAGCAUUAUUCUAACUUAAUACUGUAGUAUAUUCUUGCAUAGAUUUAUUCUUGACAGUUAUGCUUAGACUAUAGUUGCAAUAGCUCUGUUUACUAAGUAUUUUCUGAAUGUUAGUAAGGACUUCUUUUGGCAUUCUUUGCUGGAUCUCACGACGGGAAUGCGAGGCCGGAAAACGACGACCUACCUGGCUGGCAUCCACAGGUGACCCAGCAUUCAUUACCAAAAUGUAUUUUACAAUUAUUCUUAAAAUACUUUGGAAAUUGGGGCACUAAGAACAAAAAAAAAUAUGUUGUUCUUUAUCCUUUAUAAGCUGAAUUAUAAUUAUGUAUAUAAUGAAAUAAAUAUACCUAGCUUGCUUAAUAACAAAAGUAUCACACGUCAAGCAUCUGAUGUGUGGUAAUAAUACAACACUGCUCUGUCGCUGUGCGAUUCUCUUCAGUAUCCCCCGUUUUAGUUUCAGUUUUCUUUCUUUUUUCUCUCUCUUGCAUAAUGCUUCGUACAGAUUCCCCCCUACAGUUUCAUUAAAUUAUUACGAUCCUGCCAGUUAUGGAAUGUUCAGCUCUUAUAUCUUUUAAUACUUUGAUGUUGCUAAAUUCUUCUCUCUUUAUAGAAUUGCCUGUUUUAUUCCAUUAUUCAGUGGAGAAAUAUAAGAUGUAUAUUCAGUAACGAUUACUACCAUUUGAUCCAACAACAAUGAAAGCGAAACCAUGUUAGUGUGUCUGACUGCUGUGAAGUCGUGUAGACCAGUUCUCAAUAGUUGUUAUCAACCUGUAAUCAAUCUCUUUGCCUGUUUGUAAUUGAAAUAUAUCAUUAUCGUCAGUGCCUCCACUCUUAGCAUGUGAAUUUUCAUCUCGAACCAUGAUAUAUUGGCAAAAAUCACUUCGACCUGAUUGUAAACACAAACAAAAGCCUUUGAAGGGAUGAAGGGUCCCUGACUAUGCAAAAAAAGGCGUAAUUCCUAGUUUUUGUUUUCAAUGAAGGAAAAUGAUAAACUCUAUAUGCAAUACAAUCCUCUAAAAUGGAAUGAAUGAAAGAGCAUUGACAAAAGUGAACUGUUUCGCACAUUUAGAAAUAGAACACUGCCACACGUGCUUGACAAGUAAAAGUUUCGUCCAUAUACUGGUAGGAGAAGUUGGAUAGUCUCAGAGCCCUCAACUGUCACUUAGAAAAAAAUAAAUUGUACAUUAUACUCUUAAAAUCACUUUACAUACGUAAUGAAACCAACAAUGAAUGGACAUUAGUCAAGUCAUAUUGGUGAUUUUUUUUUUCUCUUUUUUUCCCCAACGUAAAACCACGUGACACACCUACGAUUAAGCACCAGAUUGUCGUCUAAUGUACCAAAUUUGGAGUUGCAAUUCCCCCCCCCCCCUUUUUCAUGUAAUAUAUCUUGUGGAGUGAGCUGUGAGAAAGGUGCUAUAUGUGUGAGCUUUGUGUUGACCUGGUAUUGUUGGUGCACAAUUAUACUAAUGCUGAUGUAACCGAGUCCUCUAUAAUAAAUGUGUUACAGUAUAAA